AGCAUUUUUUGCCCUUUUUGAAAGUUCUCAACUCCAAAUUUUUAUCACGAUUUUUCCCAAAAAAAAAACGUAUGAGAAAAUAUUGCUAUGCCGCGUUAUGAAUAUUUGAAAGUUCAGUGAAAUUUCAGAAUAGAACCCAAAGGAGGCCCUUCAUAAUUCAAAUUGUUUCGUAACACUGUAAAAUGGACAAGAAAAAAUACGGUUUAUUCAUUCCAAAAAAGAACGUCCUCGGAACAAGCACCGAAUUCGUUAAAAAACCUUCCGUAUUCGACGAAGACAGCGAUUCCGAUAAAGAAUCAAAUGUUGACUGGGUCAAAAAAUCACUGAAGAAAGAACCGUACGGUAACAGUUCGUUAACUCGUCAAGCUAAAUCAGAUAUACAGAAAGUUCUCGCCGAUGAUCCCACCGCUUAUCAAUACGAUGAAGUAUACGACGAGUUGCAAAAAAACAUCAACGAAAAUCUAGCUGCUAAAAAAUCCGAUCGCAAACCGAAAUAUAUUCAAUCUUUGAUGCAAACAGCCGAGCGUCGUAAACGUGAAAAUGAACGUCGUUUAGCCAGACAAAUACAAAAAGAACGAGAAGCCGAAGGCGAUGAGUUUGCCGAUAAAGAAGUAUUUGUUACCUCGGCUUAUAAGAAAAAAUUAGAAGAAAUGAAGAAAAUGGACGAAGAAGAUAAACAUACCGAAAUGCUAGAAGAUAUCGGUGACGUUAUGAAACAACGUGAUAUGGUCGGAUUCUAUCGUCACCUGUAUAGAGCAACUGUGACCAACGAAGACCUUCGAGAGCCCGAUUCACCAACUCAAAUUAAACCAAAAGAAGAACCCAGAGAAGAGCCAACAGACUCGUCCAAAUCUUCUAAACCAAGACAAUACCGUAAACGUAAAUCAUCCGAAUCAUCUGACGGUGAAACCAAAAAAUCAUCCAAAUCCAAAAGUAAAACUAGCCAAGCUGAUAACCCAGACGCCGAUUCUGAUUUAUCAUCAUCAGACGAUGAAAAGGACGAUACCGAACCUUCAAAAGAUUCUCCGCAAAAUGAAGCAUCAAAAGAUACUGCUCAAAAUGAACCUCCGAGUGUAUCGGAUCAAACAACCGAUGAUGCUAAAGAUAAAGGCGUCACCGAAGACGAAAAGAAACCAGAGGAAACCGACGAGAAUAAAGAGAAUGUCGAAGAACCUAAACCCGAACCCAAACCUAAAGUAUCAGUAUGGAUAAAACGUACUGUCGGUGAAGUUUUUGAUGAAGCUUUAGAAAGGUAUUAUCAGCGUAAAGCUGAAAGAUUAGCUGCCAGAGGAAGCUAGCGAAAUCACUCGUAUUUUUUCGGGGGAAAAUGAAAGUCGUACAUUGGUGGUAUUCGUUUUAACAAAGGUCAAUAUGCAAAUCAAACGUGCUGGAAGUUGUGUGAUUGUCUUCAAUCGUUGAGUAAAGAGUCAUUUGUUUCUGUACUGUGUGCGUUUUAUAAUAAAUAAUACAUAUUUUAUUUCAAUUA